AUGGCGCUCGUGUCAUUCCUCAACGUGUUUGAAACGCUCGCCUCGUUCCAGUUCGUAUCCACGUCAAGUGUCGGCUCAAGCGACAGCGUGCGGAUUAAUGGCACCAUCGAAUUCGUUAAGGACGAGGAGUUGCAGAUGUUCCCUGUUGGUAUUCAACACUUCCAGCAAGCGAUCCACCACCAGGUUCAAGUCGAGGACGAAGACACCGAGCAAGUCGAAGACGUCGUGGAGCUCAUGGCUCCACCGAUCCAUUGGCCGCCUAAGAAAGGCUCGAAGGACGAGUGUCGCUAUGCUAGAGACUACGGAUUGAUCGAGCGCUUGAGCAACUCAUCCCAGUCUUUUUGUACUCAUGAAAACGGGUCGUCGUACACAUUCUCUCACGUGCCUGAAGCGGGCGUGAGUGCGACGAAGCUGGAAAACUUCGCGCUGGAUCUUCGAGGCGCGGAGAUAACGCAGGACAUCGACAGCUUGGUGGAUGAUGGCGGUGGACAUGAUCCGAGGUUCAGGUACAAGAAAAGCUUUGCGUUCUGCAGAUGCACCGAGCUUCAAGACCGAGAGCACGGAGCUCCGAAUAUCUGGAAGGACUACUUCGCUGGCGGACCGAGCGACAAGGAUCCGAAUUGCGAGGCAUUCCAGGACACUGUUGGGGACAAGCUGACGUUGGAGCGGGCAGUGGUAAUGGUGCGCAAGGACGACCACAACCCGUUCUUCCAGAUCUCGGCGAUGCUCAACGCGUGGGUCAUGAUGAAGACAAUCGGCUGGGAACGGAACGCAACGCAGCUCGUGACGCUGGAUCGAGCGUUGCCCACUCCAGUUGAUGAACUGCGGUAUGCUCUUCUCAGGCCUGAGCGGCCUGUCAUCAGCGGCGAAGUGUUUCAGGAUCAAGUCGUGCACUUCGAGUCGGCGUUGCUGCCUCCCUACGAGGUCACGGGCCCGCUCAUGAGCCACCUGGACGACAACCAGCCGUGCCACGCCAACGCUAUGAUCGCAGAUUUCCGGGAUGCUGCACUCAACAGCAUGGCAGUGACUCCACGCAAUGCCAAAACUGACCCUCGACGCUGCCUGGUCACCAUCAUUUCGCGAAGACCUUACGGCGGGCGACGGAUACAGCGCGUGUGGCAAAAUGAGGACGAAGUUGUAGACCGCAUGCGCGAAGAAUACCGUGGUGCUUAUCGCUUCGGCGAGUGCAAGUUCCAGUCUCUCGAGUUCACGAACAUGACGAUGCACGAUCAGAUGCGACGCAUGGUUAACGUAAUGUGGACUCGGCCCGAGACGUUGGUCAUUGAAAUCUUCCCGCGACGACGCUAUCGCUGGGGAUAUCGGAAUUUGUGUCAGUAUCUUGGCUGCAACUGGCACGAGUUCCGGAGUGGACGAGACGUACGAGUCCACACGUCUGAUCCGAACGAUAUGGACAAGUUCAUCAUAUACAAGCAGUGGAGGAGCUUCUUCGACCCGCUUUUCCGCGACGUAGUUGAUAGACUUGAGGAGAAGGUUGCUGGAAGCUAA